CUCGGUGCCAUACAGUCACCAGGGGGCAUGCACAUAGUAGUAAUAAUAAUAAUGCAUUUCAGCAAAGCCUGCUACGACGAACCUCCACCGUUUCAACCACACGUCGGCCGUGGUGUGAUGGAGAUGUGCGCUUAGGUUCAUGUGUCCGGCGGGUCUGCCCCUGGCUUUUUUUCUGGGGAAGAUCAUAUUGGAUCAUAUUGUUUGCAGGACGUUGUUCCUCCUGCAGCCCCCCCAGUCUAUCCCGACGUAGUUGUGAAUUGAACAUGGCGACUGUACCAGUAUAUUGCAUCUGCAGAUUACCUUACGACGUGACCCAGUUUAUGAUCGAGUGCGAUGCUUGCAAGGACUGGUUCCACGGCAGCUGUGUUGGGGUUGAUGAAGAUGAUGCUCCAGAUAUUGACAUAUAUCACUGUCCAAACUGCGAGAAGACUCACGGCAAAUCCACAUUGAAAAAGAAAAAGAACUGGAGCAAAAAUGACACUGGGCAAAGUACAGACAUCAAAGCUGUUCAGAAUGGCAGUCAGGUUUUCAUUAAGGAGCUUCGCAGCAGGACAUUUCCCAGUGCUGAUGACAUAGUGGUGAAGCUGAGUGGCAGUCAGUUGACCAUGGAGCACCUGGAGGAGAACGGCUUCAAUGAGCCAAUCCUGGCUCAGAAGAAAGAUGGCCUGGGCAUGUCCAUGCCUGCCCCCACCUUCUACAUCAGUGAUGUGGAGAACUAUGUUGGUCCUGAUGUUGGCGUGGACGUGGUUGACGUCACCAAACAGACUGACAGCAAGAUGAAGCUCAAAGAGUUUGUAGAUUAUUACUACAGCACAAACAGAAAGAAAGUGUUAAACGUCAUCAACCUGGAGUUCACUGACACGAGGAUGAACAGUAUAGUGGAGAGUCCACAGAUUGUGCGGCGGUUGUCAUGGGUAGAAAACUACUGGCCUGAUGACGCUCUGCUUGGGAAACCAAAAGUCACCAAAUACUGUCUCAUCUGCGUCAAAGACAGCUACACAGAUUUCCACAUUGAGUGCGGUGGUGCCUCCGUCUGGUACCACAUCCUAAAGGGAGAGAAGAUCUUCUUCCUCAUCAAGCCCACCUCUGCCAACCUGUCUCUGUACGAGCGGUGGAGAUCAUCGUCAAAUCACAGUGAAAUGUUCUUUGCUGACCAGGUGGACAAGUGUUAUAAAUGUACUCUGAAGCAAGGACAGACUCUGUUCAUCCCAUCAGGUUGGAUCAAUGCAAUACUGACUCCAGUUGACUGCCUGGCGUUCUCUGGACACUUUGUCCACAACCUGAGUGUGGAGAUGCAGAUGAGAGCAUAUGAAAUCGAGAAACGACUGAAGGUCAAAACUCUCACCCCCUUCCCCAACUUUGAGACGGCGUGCUGGUAUGUGGGACGACAUCUCCUCGAGCGAUUCAAAGGUUUACAUAAAGCAAAUAAGCAACCAGCACCAUAUCUGAUACAUGGUGCCAAAAUCAUCAAUGGAGCCUUCAGAGCUUGGACUAAAAAACAGGCCCUCUUGGAACAUGAGGAUGAGCUUCCAGAGAAUAUGAAACCAUCACAGCUCAUUAAGGAUCUGGCAAAAGAGAUCAGACUGUCAGAGAAUGCAACGAAAGCCAUCAAGAGUGAACCCAGUAUUAAGGUACCAGUGGAGGAACCACCGUCCACCCACUCCGAGCCCGAGGAGCCCAUCUCUCCUGCCCAUGUCCCCUCGCCUAGCAGAGAAAAGGCCAGAAAGAAAGCCUCCAAACCUCCUAAACCUCCUAAACCUCCCAAACCCCCAAAGAUGCCCAAGGCCCCCAAACCUCCGAAGGUCCCGAAGGCCAAGGAGGGUGGAAAGAAGAAAGCGAAGAAAGCAAAAGAUUUGUCGCCACCUCCUAAACCCUCCAGCUUUGCAGCUCUUGAGUCCCAUGCAAAAGACAUCCUGAGUAAGAUGGACCAGCCAAAAAAGUCAAAGGCUGCUAAGAAUGUCCUGAGUAUGACAGAGAAAGAAAUAUCAAAGCAGAACAACAUGGACAAAUUUGAAAUCAGAGAGCAGAACAAAAACAAGACUGAAGCAAAAUGGAAGUAUAAGAAUAGUAAACCAGACUCCCUGCUGAAAAUGGAGGAAGAGUGCAGAUUUGACAGAACACCACUAUCAGGCAAUAAAGACAAGUUCAGCUUUACUAUGUCUCACAAAAAAAUGCUGGGCUCCAAGGCGCUGAAACCUCAGACCAACUCAAGUGUUUUUGGAUCAUUACAAAACUUAAAAGAGGACAAAACAAAGCCAGUAAGAGAUGAGUAUGAGUAUGUCUCAGAUGAGGGGGAGCUGAAGAUUGACGAAUUCCCAAUCAGGCGGAAAAAGAAUACUGUGAAGAGAGAUCACUCUUUUUUGUCAGACAUCAAAGAACCCAUUCAACCAGCCAAGAAAACAAAGUUCCAACCCUUGAUGACCAAGAGUGUUGACUCAUCAGAUGACGAGACUCUGCACAUUGACACAGAGGCCAAGCCUGAGGUCAAAAGCCGCAACUCCAAGGUGAAGAAAAAGAGUAGCACCGCUGCAGGGAUUCUUGACCUGCUGCAGGCCAGCAAGCAAGUGGGUGGGAUCGACUACAGUGCCAACAGUCAGCCACCUGCAUCUCCCAGCACACAGGAGGCCAUUCAGGGCAUGCUGUCCAUGGCCAACCUGUCGUCUUCAGACAGCUUGCAGCAGCCGUGGAGCAACAGCCAGUCCAAAAACAAUAGCCAGUCGAAGACCAACUCGCACAGUGUGCAGGCAGGCAAGAAGGCCAGCGGAGGAGCCGGCGGCAGCGGCAACAACAACAGCAAGCGACCCACCAAGCGGCUCCCGAAGAAACCCAGGAAAAGCAGCAGUAUUGAGAGUCUGGACUAUGAUGACGAACAGGAUCACAUGGACGCAUGUUUCAAGGACUCAGAUUAUGUUUACCCCUCGUUGGAGUCAGAAGAGGAUAAUCCUGUUUUCAAGUCCAGAUCGAAAAAACGGAAAAGCAGUGACGACACUCCUUAUAGCCCGACAGCCCGUGUAGGACCAUCAGUUCCUCGACAGGAGCGGCCAGCGAGAGACGGAGCUCGAGUGGCCUCCAUAGAAACGGGGCUAGCAGCAGCUGCAGCUAAGCUUUCUCAUCAGGAGGAGCAGCAGAAAACCAAGAAGAAGAAGAAAAGCACCAAAAAGAAGGCAAUAGUAAUGGAGGAGCCCCUGAAAAUCUCUCAGGACAGCAGCUCACCGGAACACAAUCUGGAUUCCCAAGAUGGCAGCCUGACUGACCACGAGUUCAGCACUGGGACAGUGAAGUCGCCGGCAGGGCCUCAACCCAUGGCGCCGGGAGUAUUUCUCAGCCAGAGGCGACCGUCCAUGUCCUCCCCCAAUAACAGCACCAACUCCACGAGCACCAACAGCAGCAGCAUGGCGAAGGGGGAUCGCGGGGGGUCAGCAGAUGCCAAAGCAAAGCGGCUAAAGAAAGGCAUGGCAACAGCCAAACAGAGACUUGGAAAGAUUUUAAAGAUCCAUCGAAAUGGAAAGCUCCUCCUGUAGCAUGCAGCGGACUGCUGUCGGACUGGGAAUUCUUGAGCUGGGUCCCAUCCCAACCUCACCCCCUGUUCACUAAUUAAAGCCAACAAUGGAAAAAAAAGAAAACCAUGCAUUUUUCAAUUUCUAAGAAGAACAUCACUCAAAUAGGUUUUUGCCUCUACUCAUACUUUAUAACUUUCAGAUAUUAAAGUGUACAGAACCUACUAUAAAUAUUUUUUAAGAGAACAUGUCUCAUUUUACUACAGCUGUCAGUCUAUCAGGGGUUGCUAAAACAUAAAGUAGAAGUACAUUGCAGUCAUUCCAAGAUUUUUGAAAGUAUCCCUUGCAUGUAUUCAGUUGCAUGUGCGCUUGGGUCAGGGUUUGGGGAUUUUACUCAUUAAUUCCUACUAUAUGGAUGCAGCUUAUCAUUGCCACACUGAUGAUCGGUGGGUUGAAAUGGAAUCCUUUUUUUUCUCUCCCAGCAGAGAUUCUGCUAGUCUUGAUUUAGGUCAUCUUGAGCAUUUAUCUUUUUCUGUUAACACUUACUUUUGCAGAGCACUAUCAGCCAUGAUAUUUAUUUAUUUGUGUGGAGUCAUAGAUAGGAAACUUCAUGGGACAAUUUUAAAGCACAAAGUGUAUCAAACAGCAGCAGUGUCAGGAUGGAACAUAGGACUAAAGGAGGCCUGCUGAACAGGAUUUGGUGUGUAUAGGAUUUCUGACACUACGUGGGACCUGUCGCCAAUGAUAAGCCUCAUCCAUGUCAGGUCUGCAGUUACAUGGGGAUACUUUCUCUCUUCUCUUGCUUUCACAGGCAGCACCAACAACUCAUCUCUGCAUUUUUACAGCUUCACACAGUAUACAGAAUGUAGCUUGUACAUAGCCUUUUAAAUUCCUACUUUUUGUAUCCUUUCCCCUUAAGGCUUAAUUCUACAUUUUUACCGGUUUUGCUAAUUAUGAAUAAAUGAAUUCAAAUAUAUAUAUGGAUAUACAGUAUAGUCCUAAUUUUUGAAGUUUUAUUUUGUUUUGUUUUUUGAUAGCAGAGACUCAUUUUUAACUUGAUUUGUUGUGGUCAAUUUAAAGGUGUUGCCUGGAAAACAACUGAAGAAAUAAAACAUUUUAUUGUCAUAUGGCCUUACAUACACAAAGCUAGUUGUAUUGUGAUUCUGUUUGAACAAGAGACGAAGCUUUGAGGAAAAAAUUCUAUAAAAAGAAAAAAAGAAAAAAAAAAAAAGACUUAAAGUUUCUAUGACCAGCCUCUUGUUCGAGUUCUAGUAUCCUGAAGGGUUUCGGAAUUAUUUUACUAGCACCUUGUGAAGUGUUUAUGUGUCAGUGAUGUAAUUUAUUAAUGUUUGUAGCUUUUUUAUACUUGUACAAUUCUUAAAGAGGUUUUUUUUUUUUUUUUUUUUUGAUUUUUGAAUAAUUGUGAAAUUACCCUAAGCAGACAAUAUUUGUUUCUACCUUGUUUUGUUUUUUUUCUGGAUGUGUGUGUGUUUGGAGGGCAUGACGGACAUUUUACACAUUAGAAUUUUCAAUAGCAUUUUCUAUCUCCAUCCUGUCUUCACUCAAUAUCAGUGUCAUCAUGGUCAACAUUUCCAGCGUGACAUGUUAUUAUUAUGAUUAUUAAUGUUGAUAUUGAAGCUGUCUGCAGCUGCGUUCACGCCUCCAUCACAUAGUUUUACUUUGGUCAGAACGUUUUGAAAACAGUUUAAUGUCCUUUACUUCAUAGCGACCGUGUUUUAGUCACCAUGUGCCCACUUCUCAGAUAGAGUAUGACAUGCACUCCGAUCAAAGUCAGUGGGACAUAUUUUCAGGUUUUUAUUUGUACAAUAUAUGUGUUGCUUUGUUGUGGUUUAUUUUUGUAUGUCCGACCUAUUAAAUGCAUCCACUGUGCCAGGACAGUGAAUGAUACCUGUUGUAGCUGUCUUCCCUUACUGUUAUUUACAGUACUAGUAAGUAUUUACAAUCCUUUUUGACCUGAAUCUAUAUUUUUCUGUAUUUAGAUGAUUCUGUUUGAGAUCAUGGCUCACUUUUUUAAAGACAACGGCAAAUUCCGAGGAACAAACAUAUUAUUGUUGAAUGAUAUGAUUGUCAGCCUUGUUUACUUUUGCAAUACAGUUACUGUGGAAAACCUACUUUGUAAUGUGUGCCUCUCCCACUUUGCAAUGUGACGGAUUCUGUAGUGACGACUAAACAUGUUUUUCAUGCUUCA